AUGUCGUUGCAACAUCGACACGAGCUCUACGGCUCAGUUCCUACGCUGACGUUUGUGCAGGCAGGGGUGGUCGAUCAUAACUCGGACGACGAGCUCUAUGAUGAGCCGCUGGCAGAGCAGAGCAGAGCAGAGCUGGGAGCAUCGAUCCACUUCAGUCCCGCCACGCCGGGCGUAACGACGUCCCUCCAAUUUCUUGUGCUUUCUCUCACCAGGACGGGAGCGGAAGCGGAGUCCAAAGCCGACAGAAAGGAGCCGGAUUUGCUGGAGCAAAAGGAGCAAAAGAGCACAGCUCCUACCGCGGUGGCGGCCAAAGCAACGGUCAUCGAUCCCCGGCCGGGAAAGGGGGCCCAUAAGGGGCCUUUGGGAGCUCAAGCCGGUGUGCUGGGCGGCUUUCCAACGCUGGUCGGAGGAGGGCCACAAGCGCAGGCCCAGUGGUGGCCACAGGGCGCCUGGCCGGCUGCGCCUCCGGCUCCCUUCGGCAAAGGUGUGCCGACGCCGUGGGCCUGGAACCAGAUGGAUUUCGAGUCUGUUUUCGGGCUUCCUCGCCUUCGGAUUCUUCUGGACCUUCAGGGGCAAAAGCGCUUUCGCCCUUGGGGAAAUGCGGGCGGCGGCUCAGCGCCUGCAGAGCUCCGAGUGGUGGCCUACAACGUUUGCGGCUUCGGCGCCGGCUUCGGGGACGUCGAGGAAGCGAUGGUCACCGAGGUCUACGGCAAGCUCCGCGAGGACUUGGCCAAGCUGAAGCCUGACAUCCUCUGCCUCAACGAGGUGAAGCGCCGAAGGCUCCAGGACGACUGCGGGAGCUUCCGGGAGGAUACAUUGGAGGCCUUGGCCGAAGACCUCGAGAUGGAGUUCUUCUUUGCUCAUGCAAAUCCUGGCUAUGAGACUUUCGGCAAUGCCAUCUUGAUCGGAAAGAGGCUCCAGGUCCUGCAUUGCGAUUCGCUCCACCUCAAGGGAGGCUCUGUGAUAACCCUUGGCCCUGGAAAGACCAAGCAUAUCGGUCGCGGAUGCCUCUCAGUAUGUGUGACAGUGCAGGGCAAGCAGUUUGCCACGCUGGUGACCCACUGGGACCACAUCUCUGAGGCCGAGCGGCUACGGCAAGCAGAAUCCAUUCUGUCCGGCCACACGCUGCUGUCUCAUGAUCUGCCCCACCUGCUCGUGGGAGAUCUCAAUGCUAUGAAGAGGUCAGACUACACAGACCAGGAGUGGGCUGCACUGGAGGCCCGGAACGCCGAGAAAGGCUGGGCGCCGCCGGAGGACUCUGAAGCCCUCAUGGUGCUCGAGAGAGAAGGCUACAGCGAUCUCCAUCGGCUCCGACUCGCGGAUGCGGAGUCUUUGUGGACAAAGCUGGGAGAGCCGCCGGCGCGGAUUGAUUACAUCUACGCUUCCAAGCACUUCUUAAGCGACAUUGGUGAGCCCAAGACCGCUUUCGUUGCGACAGCGACAGGCUCGGACCAUCUGCCCCUGGUCGCGGACAUCCUGCUCUAA